CCUCCUCCUCCUCCUCAUCAUCAUGUCGCUCCGGAGCAGCCUCUCGCGUCUCCUCCGGACGCAGGUGUAUUGUGCCCCGAAGAAGUCCGUGCACUCGGUGGCCGUCAUCGGGGCGCCCUUCUCCAGGGGACAGAAAAGAAAAGGAGUGGAGUAUGGUCCAGCUGCUGUCCGGGAAGCUGGCUUGAUGAAAAGGCUGUCCGAUUUGGGCUGCCGUUUAAAAGACUUUGGAGAUUUGAACUUUACACCAGUUCCCAAAGAUGAUGUCUACAACAAUCUGAUAUUGAAUCCUCGCUCUGUGGGCCUUGCCAACCAGGAACUGGCUGAGGCUGUUAGUGAUGCCAUCUCAGGCGGCUAUAGCUGUGUAACAGUGGGAGGAGAUCACAGCCUGGCAAUUGGUACCAUUAGUGGCCACGCCCGGCACUUCCCAGACCUUUGUGUGAUCUGGGUUGAUGCCCAUGCUGACAUCAAUACACCCCUCACCACCUCAUCGGGAAGUCUUCAUGGACAGCCAGUUUCGUUUCUCCUCAGAGAACUAAAGGACAAGGUACCACAACUGCCAGGAUUUUCCUGGCUCAAACCUUGUUUAUCUCCCCCAAGUAUCGUAUAUAUUGGUCUCAGAGAUGUGGACCCUCCUGAGCGUUUUAUUCUAAAGAAAUAUGAUAUCCAGUAUUUUUCCAUGAGAGAUAUAGACCGACUUGGUAUCCAAAAGGUCAUGGAACAGACAUUUAACCAGCUGAUUGGCAAAAGAGAAAGGCCAAUCCACCUGAGUUUUGAUAUUGAUGCAUUUGACCCUACACUGGCUCCAGCCACCGGAACCCCUGUUGUAGGGGGACUGACCUACCGAGAAGGCAUGUACAUUACUGAGGAAGUCCACAAUACAGGGUUGCUGUCGGCGCUGGAUCUCGUUGAAGUCAAUCCUCGGUUGGCUGCUUCUGAGGAAGAGGCCAAGGCUACCGCUGGCCUGGCAGUGGAUGUGAUUGCUUCAAGUUUUGGUCAGACAAGGGAAGGAGGGCACGUUGGCUAUGACCAGCUGCCUACACCCCGCUCACCAGACGAAUCAGAAAAUAAAGAGCGUGUGCGAAUUUAGGAAAUGCCGUAUCAGAUACACUUGUCAAAGGGGAGUCACUCUAUGAGUCGUGAGAAGUAUCUGGUGGGACAGGUACUAACUGGUCAUCUGGUUCAAUUCUGCCUUAAUGAGAACAUCUGUGCAUUCUCAAAAUCAACGUUCCCUUGACCUCCCCCUUUUGGGUGACUGUAAAUGUACUGGGGCUUUUGCAGUUCAUGGCUAUGUUAAUAUUAAUGUUGGUAUGAUGUAAAUUUAAAGAAGUCAUAAACUGCAUUUAUUACCUUGGUAUAGCA